AUGAGUUUACGAGUUCUCUUCGGUCGGGUUACCACCGAUUGGUUCUCCGGAUUUAGGUCUUCUUGUGUGUUGUCUAGCUACUCUUCCAAGUUCUUGGGCCGUAUUGGUUUUCCCGGUCCGAGGCCGUGUUCGUUCAAGGGUUGCGCCUUUGUUUGGGCCUCGUUUCGUCCUAUUGAGUUUCACCACUCGCCGCCUCCUUGGCUACGCCACGAUUGGUCAAAGUUGUUUGGUCUUGCUUCUGCUUUUGGGUUAUAUUAUUCCAUGCCCGGCAGGUUCCUUUCAACAUAUUCGGGUCCGGUUGUAGGCCUACUUGCUUGUAUUGGUGGGCUCGGGCUUCGUUGGCCCCGCCUUCGCCGACUUGAUGUGUCCGGCUCCCCAUGGCCUACCUGCUGCUUGGUUCUCAAUCCGAUUGGGCUUCACCGGGCUAGGUCUACUGCUGUGUUCAGCCCCUUAUUUAUUUAUCUUCUAAUGGAGGCUGGGCCUAGCUUCCUCUCCCGAGAUGGAGGGGUCUGGUUGGUAGGAGGUGGGGUUCGGCCCGGGGUGGGCCCUCCCGGUCAUAGCCUCUCCGCACGCCUUGGCACUGCUGCUUCGUCGAUCCCUAUUGUUUCGUCGAGUUAG